AUGAACUGGGGCGGUCGGGGCGGCCGCGACGGCGGCGGCGGCGGUCGGCGUUGGCGCGCGUCCAAACACGAGGAAGAUUCGGCGCCGCCAAAUACGGCGAGCCGAGGUUGUUUUGAGAGAGGAGCCACACAGCCCUGCAUGAUGGUUGUUGGGAGUAAGAAGGCCUGGGAGGGACUGUUGGGAUCGGCCGUGGUCCAGAAGAUACCAGAUGCAAAGGCAGAUUAUGACGAACGUACUCUCGACACGCACCAGCUCGUCAUCCAGACGCCGCGCGACGAGGGCGCCUCGCUGCUGCACGCCGGCGCGCUGCUCGCGCACCUCGACGUGGUGCGCGCCGCCGUCGCCGUCACCGUCCAGCUCUUCGACACAACUUGGAGACUGAAAGAUAUUUGUUAUUCGCCCAGUAUUCCAAAUUUUGAAGAAAAUUAUAUAGAUCAAAUAUUCGAAAACGUAAUGCCAUGUGCCAUCAUAACACCUUUAGAUUGCUUCUGGGAAGGCUCUAAAUUGCUGGGUCCUGAUUACCCUGUUCACAUACCAACUUUAGGAGCUAAGGUGAAAUGGACAAAUCUCAACCCCUUGAAAAUUGUGGAGGAAAUGAGAAAUUUCGAUUUCCACCAUUUUCCCUUCGACACUUUGGAGGAUUAUAUGAAGAGGGCAGGAAUUAGUAGUGGGUACCAAGAAAAACCAUGCCUCGAUCCUAGUGAUGUCGAAUGCCCAGAAACAGCAUCAAACAAGAAAGCUGGCCAGUCUCCAGAUAUUGGUGCUGAACUGACAGGAGGGUGUUAUGGAUUUGCUGCCAAGUACAUGCAUUGGCCAGAGGAUCUAGUUGUUGGAGGUACAACCAAGAACAAAACAGGACAUAUUCAAAAAGCAAGAGCCUUACAAACAGUAGUUCAGUUAAUGGGAGAGCGAGAGCUUUAUGAAUUCUAUUCAGAUACAUACAAAGUUCACCAUGUCGAAUGGACUCAAGAAAAGGCAGCUAUAGUUCUUGAAACAUGGCAAAGAAGGUUUUCAGAGGAAAUACGUCGUCAGCUCAAUGGAGAAAACAUUACUGCGUACAACAUAUAUGCAUUUUCUACAGCUACAUUAAAUGAUAUCCUUAGUCAGUUCUCAGAGCUCAGUGUUGUAAAAAUGGUAGCUGGAUAUCUUUCAAUGUUGCUGUAUGCAGGAGUUUCUCUCUUUCGAUGGCAUGAUCCAGUUCGCUCACAAGCAGGAAUAGGCAUAGCAGGUGUUAUCCUAGUCUCCAUUACUGUUGCAGCUGGCCUAGGUUUUUGUGCCUUGUUGGGCAUUGCAUUUAAUGCAUCUACCACACAGAUAGUGCCAUUCCUUGCCUUGGGUCUGGGUGUUGACGAUAUGUUCCUUUUAACACAUACGUAUGCGGAGCAAAAUUCUUCAAAUAUUAAAUCAGAUGAACAUACUGGCAUUGUCCUGAAAAGAUCUGGGCUAAGCAUUCUGUUAACUUCCUUGAGCAAUGUUUGUGCCUUCUUUGCAGCUGCUAUCAUUCCCAUUCCUGCUCUAAGAGUCUUCUCCCUCCAAGCAGCAGUAUUAGUCCUUUUCAACUUGGGUGCAAUGUUGCUCGUCUUCCCUGCCCUAGUUAGUUUUGAUCUCCGUCGUAGACGAGCAGGGCGAUUAGAUUUGCUUUGCUGUUGUGUCGCUCCAUCCAGUUCAGAUACUGGAAGCCAUAUGUGGCCAUGUAUUUCUCUACCUCCAGCACCACAGAGAACAAAUCGGCGAAGAGGGCAAGUUGUACCAGAACAACCAAAAAAGUUGCAGGCUAUCACACGAGCACUACCCCCGGAUCGUCAGCAAACAGUCACUGUUCUAGCCAGUCCACAGCCAGCCACUCAAUUGCCUAAUGCUCCAGAAUGUUGGGUGGGUUCUACCCGAGAGCUGUUUGAAUACAGAUCCAAGAGAAAGGUUGUGUCAAUGGUAAUGCUGGGUUUUGUUUUGGCCAGCAGUGUUUGGGGUCUCACUAAAGUUACUGAUGGUUUAGAUCUCACUGACAUUGUACCCCAACACACUGAUGAACAUGCAUUCCUCACAGCACAAAGUCGGUACUUUGGAUUUUACAAUAUGUAUGCUGUAACUCAGGGAGAUUUUGAAUAUCCAACUAAUCAGAAACUUUUAUAUGAGUAUCAUGAUGCUUUCAUGAGAAUUCCAAAUAUUAUAAAAAAUGAUGACGGAGGUUUGCCAGAGUUUUGGCUUAGCAUGUUUAGAGACUGGCUCAUUGGUGUACAAAAAGCUUUUGAUCGAGACUGGGCCAGAGGAAGUAUUACUCAAGAAAAGUGGUAUUCCAAUGCUUCAGAUGAAGGCAUUCUUGGCUACAAACUUUUGGUGCAGACUGGACAUGUAGAUAAUCCGAUAGACAAAUCUCUUGUGAAUCAAGUGCGACUAGUUGAUUCUCAUGGAAUUAUAAAUCCCAAAGCAUUUUAUAACUAUUUGAGUGCAUGGACAUCAAAUGAUGUUUUGGCAUAUGGUGCUUCACAAGCAAAUCUCCGACCUCAGCCAAGACAAUGGAUCCAUGCUCCAGAUGACUUUGAACUAAAAAUUCCAAAAUCUGCUCCAUUAGUGUACACUCAACUUCCAUUUGAUCUUCAUGGAUUGGGAUCAACAGAGCAUAUAACUAACCUCAUCGGCCAAGUGCGGGCACUUUGCCAGAAGUUUGAAGAACGUGGACUUCCAAACUAUCCUUCAGGAAUUCCAUUCCUGUUUUGGGAACAGUAUCUAGGGCUCAGACAGUCCUUAGGCUUAGCUCUAUUGUGCGCCCUAGCUGCAGUAUUUCUAGUGGUAGCAGUGUUACUCUUCAAUUUAUGGUCAGCUGUACUUGUGGUUUUUGCUCUGGCUGCUAUGGUUCUACAAUUGUUGGGUGUGAUGGGACUGUUGGGCAUCAAACUCAGUGCUAUUCCAGCAGUUUUGCUAAUUGUGGCAGUUGGAAUAGGAGUUCAUUUCACUGUUCACAUAAGCAUGGGGUUUGUUACAAGUAUUGGUUGCAGAGAUCGAAGGAUGCAACUAGCGUUAGAAUCCUUGUUUGCACCUGUGAUACAUGGGGCAUUCACCACACUACUUGGGUUACAGUUUUCACUAUACUUCUUCUAUGUUUUAUUUGCCCUCAUAGCAUUGGGUCUUUUAAAUGGUCUAGUCUUUUUCCCCAUCCUUCUUUCACUUAUUGGACCACGGGCAGAGGUGGUCCCACACGAGUAUCCAGAUCGCAUCUCAACGCCCUCUCCUCCACCAUCACCAGUUCGUGUUCGAUCAGGCUCUUGUCGGGUCACCAAAAUUUCCACCCCCAGAAGAGGACACUCACAUUCAAACAGACUCCACAGAGCGCCUUCUCUUACCACUAUUACUGAGGAGGCAAAUUCCUGGCACUCCACUCAUGAAAUAGUGGUGCAGCCUGAGCUUGUAGUGGAGACUACAUACAGUCCAACACAGAAUACUUCAGCAAGUUGUGACAGCUCUUCAUCACAUAGUUCAACACCACCUCCAUCUUCAUCUCAGACUCACGUCACCACAAAAGUAACUGCCACAGCUCAUGUAAAAGUUGAAGUUCAUACACCUCGACCUGGUGUCAUAGAUCGUGAUGGAAACAAAUCACGCCAGAGUCGCCACCGUGACUCAGGCUCUGAGCCUGAAUCCUCCGACAGCAUGGGUCGGCACAGCUAGCAUCAUGACUGUGCAACCCUUUGUGUUACCAGUGUCCUGCUAUUUUGAAAGGCAGGCAUCAAGCAAACCAUGCAGUAUGAAGCAACUCAGUACCUGUUCCACCCACAUAUUGUGGCUUCUUUUUCCACUGUACCUAGUACAUAAAAUUGGCUGCAUCUCAGCAUUUAGAGUUUUGUUGUUGUUGUUGGUACACAAAGAUCCUUGAUAUUUGAAGAACCUAUCAAAUGGUUAAUUCAAGGAACCUAAUAAAAAAUAACUACAUUUUUGUCUGCUGAACAUUAAUGUAUGUUAUUUGAUGAUGCACAUUGCUAUUUCAAUUGAUAUUUCUUUGCAACUCUCCAUAGUUUUAUACAUGUGCAUGGCAGGAAGAAUUUGUGUUCCAAAAAAUUAAAAUGCUCAUCUCUCAAAAUUUUAAGAAAAUAUUAAGAUGUAUUUGAUAAGUUCAGUAAGAAUUUUUUUCAUUUAGAAAUUGUUUCUUUGAUGUAAAUUAUGAGAUAAAUAAUUAUCAAUGUUAAACUCUACUUUCUGUCUUGCAGCCACCACCAAUUCCUCCUUGAUCAGUUGCAUUUAUUUAUCAUACUUUCUAUUCACUAUCAUCAAUUUUUCAUCAUAAUAGUAGGAUAUCAUCUCUUAUUUAUAAAUCAGGUAGAAAGUGUACUUUCUGUUUAAUGUACAAUGUUUGGUGAGUGCCAGUUUGCAUAUUUUUAUGUAUAUUGUAUUUUAUUAAAUAGACCAAACAAAUGUAAGAAUGUAAUGAGCAAGUGGCCUAAUAAGUUAACAGAGUGAAAGAGGAUGCAUGUGUGUAAAAAGAUGUACAGAUUUUUAUGCAGCUGUUACUGCUCUGUAAGUAUGAAUAAUGUAUAAUGUAAGUAAUGUAACAUAAACUGAUUUUGUUGAAGAACAAAGUGAAACAAUGUUUCAGAGCAAGGUGACUUUAUAAAUACCUCUUAAAAUAAGAAAUACUAUUAAGUAUAUGUAGGUCUUGUACUGGUUAAUGAUUUGUGAAAAAUUUAUUUGUUUCUAACUUAUUUGAGGAAACACUUGCAAAUGUAUGUACAAUAUCACUUUCAACUGAAAUGUUUUAUAUCAUAGUCAACACAAAGUUCAAUCUAUCAUGAAAUGUAUAUCAACUAAGUCGAUUAUUAUAUGUUGUGAAGAAUAAAUCAUAUUCAAGUCUGAAAUA